AUGACGAUGAAAUCGCUGAAAUAUAGUGAGCGAGAGGAUAUGAUGGAGGGGUUUAGCCCGGUACCUCCACCGCUGCCGCGACGCCAGCCUGUCAGGAACAUCUACGCGGAACCCUUCGUAGACCCUAGGUACACGUCAUCGGGCGUGACUAACGAAUGGCUCGCCCUACAGACCCUAAAUUCCGAGUCGAUGGGCGGUACUGGCAUGUCGAGCGGUAUGGGCGGCGGGACAUUAGGCCACUGCCAGCUUGCCAACCAGCCGCUGGUGAUGCCAGUGUUCCCGCUGCGAGCCAGCCAGCCUAGUCCGGUUCCGGUAUACUCCCCGUCUCGCUUUCACAUAGACAAGCGAUGUCAACACCGAUGCACGUGGAAAUGCCUUGCAAUAGCCAUGAUUUGUCUUUGCGUCAUCCUGGCGGCGAUGCUCGCCUACUUUAUAGCGCUAUCGUCAAUUAAAACUAAUAUAGACAAUUCUAAUUGUAUUCUGGUACAAGAUGUAAAAGCAGUCACACAUUCACAUGGAAUUCGAGAUGCUUUAUCGACUUCUUCACCUUCAGAUGAAUCUAUAUCAACAUCAUCACUUGGUGGUUGGUCGACUACUGCUGAAGCGGCACUGGAGUCGGCAAUAAUACCUCAACAAGCACAGCAAGCUGCACCACCACCCUGGUCUCCAGCGUUAGAAGUGAGAGAGUUUGAUGAACUUCACAGCGCUACAAUACCAGCUUAUCAAUUCUGGAGUUCUGAAUUUCGCAACAAACAACCUGCCUUUGUUAGUCUUAAUUUUACUGUUCCGUGGGGCGCUAAUUUCGCUGUAUACGGAAGAAGGAAUGUUGCACCAAGUGUUACACAAUAUGACUUCGUAGAAUUUAUUCGCGGUGGCAGGGUUGAUCAUAGACUUAGAAAGAGAAGAAGCCCGCACAAACAUGAACCAACUUUUGUAGACUUCAAUGUGUUAUUAAGUACUAUUAGCCCAUUCCAAAGAUGGAACCAUACGAUAACCAAAAGAUCUACAGACAUGAGAGUCAAUGUAAGCAUACUUCAAUAUCUUGACACGGGAAGAUGGUUUAUUUCUAUAUAUAAUGACGAACUACAACCGCACCAUGUUGAAAUGAUCGUUUCUGAAGCCGAAGGCGUGACAAACUCUUGCCCUGACGAUUGCUCUGGACACGGAUCUUGUUAUCUUGGAAAAUGCGAAUGUAUGGAUGGUUUUGAAGGACAUGACUGUUCAAAGAGCGUGUGUCCUGUUCUAUGCUCUGGUCAUGGUGCUUAUGCGGGUGGUGUAUGUCACUGCUCUGAAGGUUGGAAAGGAGCUGAAUGCGACAUACCAGCGCACGAUUGUGAACCAGCUGAUUGUUCUGGCCGAGGUCAAUGCAUAGCUGGACAAUGUAAUUGCAAAGCUGGCUGGAAGGGGGCCAAAUGUGAUGAAGAGGAUUGCCUCGAUCCAACAUGUGGUGGUCAUGGUUCCUGUGUCCGUGGCCGGUGCGUUUGCCGCGCUGGCUGGCGUGGUGCAGCCUGUACUGAACGUGACGCACGUGUACAAAGAUGCUUACCUGCUUGCUCUCAAAGGGGUGUAUACGAUUUGGAUGCGGGAAGAUGUGUUUGUGAUCCAUUAUACACGGGAGACGACUGUUCUCAAGUGGUAUGUUCGUUGGAUUGUGGCCCCCACGGAGUUUGUGCGGAGGGAGUUUGUCGUUGCGAUGAUGGUUGGACCGGUUCAUUGUGUGAUCAACGACCAUGUGAUAGUCGCUGUCAUGAACAUGGUCAGUGCAAAAAUGGUACUUGCGUAUGUACACAGGGAUGGAAUGGGCGACACUGCACUUUACCUGGUUGUCCGAAUGGCUGCUCGCGCCACGGCCAAUGUUUGCUGGAAGAUGGCAUCUAUCGAUGCUCCUGCGCUGACGGCUGGGCUGGUACGGAUUGCUCUAUUGCACUUGAAUUAUCAUGCAGUGAUAAUGAGGAUAACGAUGAAGAUGGCAUGACGGACUGCUCGGACUCUGAAUGCUGCAGUCGACCAGAGUGUGCCGAACAUAUAAUGUGUUUGGCUUCCAACGAUCCUGUUGAAGUACUGCUUCGUAAGCAACCACCAUCUGUCACCGCAUCUUUCUACCAACGCGUUAAGUUCCUAAUUGAAGAAAACUCUGUCCAGAGUUAUGCGCACAUGGAUGAAUAUUCAGAAAGCCGAGUGUCGGUGAUGCGGGGGCAGGUUGUCUCGCCGCAAGGGCUCGGCAUCAUCGGUAUCAGGGUGUCCGUUGAUCGUGAGGCGCGAUUUGGGUUCACGCUCACUCGGCAAGGUGGAUGGUUCGACGUGCUGGUGAAUGGAGGAGGAGCAGUUACAUUGCAGUUCCAGAGAUCACCAUUCAAGCCACUUCGAAAGACGGUGUUUGUACCAUGGAACCAAAUUGUAGUAUUACCACCUGUACAGAUGGAGUUAAGCGAUGACAGCAUCAAAGUACCUACACCGAGAGCACCACCUCGAUUGGAUUGGUCACCCAUGCCUCAAUGGUGGGAGUCGGAAAUUCCGCCAUGUAGUGCGCACGAUCACGAACGUCUCAGACCUGAAGUAGUAGCGAUGCCAGCACUAGCUGCACCAGCCAUUUCAUCCCCCACAACAUCAACUGUCAUAUAUCCUGAGGCACAGAUUGUAAGCGAGUCUAUUGGGAUACCUGGUUCAUCGGUGAAACUAACUUAUCGUUCAUCACAAGCAGCUGGAUACUUAUCAUGUGUACACAUCCAAUUGACCCGAAGAGUGGUGCCGGCCUCUCUUACUCGGGUGCAUGUACGCGUCGAGAUCGAGGGCUCUUUACAUACCCACACUUACGAAGCCGAUCCAGACUUGACACAUGUUUUUGCUUGGAAUAAGAGAAAUGUCUAUAAACAAAAGGUAUACGGACAAGCACAGGCUAAAAUUUCAAUUGGCUAUGAAUAUACUACGUGUUCGGCAAUUGUAUGGGAAACGCAAACUGCAACUUUAACUGGUUUUGACGUUGAUAUUUCUGAUAUCGGUGGUUGGGGCCUAGAUAUACAUCAUCAUUAUAACUUCCAUGAAGGAAUUUUACAAAAAGGAGACGGUGCUCUGUUACAUUUAAAGCAAUAUCCCCGAACUGUUCAGGUGGUAAUGGGUACAGGGCUUCAAAGGUCCUUAAAUUGUCCUGAUCAUUGUAAUGGCAAAGCGGCUGAUUCGCGACUUUUAACACCAACUGCACUCACUUCGGGACCUGAUGGAUCACUAUAUGUCGGGGACUUUAAUCUUGUACGACGGAUUACUCCGGAAGGAGUCGUUACGACUGUGCUUCAAUUAGAAACAACACAAGUUGCAUAUCAAUACUACAUCUGCAUAUCGCCAGCAGAUGGGUAUCUUUACAUAUCAGAUUCUGAAAGACAUCAAGUUAGAAGAGUCGUAGUUCUAGACAAAGUACGAGACCCUGCAAUGAAUUCUGAGCCUAUAGUCGGAAAUGGUGACCGUUGUGUGCCAGGAGACGAUUCCAACUGCGGUGAUGAAGGACCUGCUAUAAACGCUAAAUUGGCCCAUCCGAAAGGUCUUGCUAUAGCAGCGGACAGAACAAUGUAUAUCGCAGAUGGAACAAACAUACGUGCUGUUGACCCAAGCGGAAUAAUCCACACGCUUGUGGGACAUCACGGACAUCACAAUCAUUGGUCCCCCGUACCUUGCCGAGGUGCCAUACCACCUUAUGAAGCUCAGUUACAAUGGCCCACUGGUGUGGCUUUAUCUCCUCUAGAUGGAUCGUUGUACUUUAUAGACGACAGAAUUAUCUUAAAAUUAACAGUUGAUAUGAAAAUAAAGGUGGUGGCUGGUCAACCAUCACAUUGUCGACUUGGAAGUGAUGGUAAACCAAUUGUCAAACCCACAAACAGAACAAAUACAGAGUUCAGGGAAGAUUCUAGUUUAGGCACAAUUCAGGCAUUAGCAUUUGCACCAAGUGGUAUUCUAUAUGUUGCGGAAUCCGAUGCUAAAAAAACAAAUACUAUCAAAACAAUAGAUCCAUCAGGAAAAAUAAUGCACUUUGCAGGAAAAGUGCAAGAAAACUUUAAAGAACUUAGUUGCGAAUGCAAUACGUCUAUUUCGGCUACUGUUAUACCAGUAAAUCUUCGCGAAGAAGGUGCAGGAUGUCCUUGUCGACUAAGUGUUGCAGUCGGGGAUGAGCCUCCAACUAACACAGAGACUCUGCUGUCAUCGAAUGCCAAAUUCCAAACAAUAUCUGCUUUAGCUGUGACACCAGAUGGUGUAUUAAAUGUGGUAGACCAAGGUUCACUUCACAUUUUGGCACUAAAACAUUAUUUACCUUCACACGAUGAAAACGGUGAAUUCAGAAUACCUUAUCCUCCUACAUCUGAAAUUUAUGUAUUCAAUCGUUAUGGUCAACACAUAACAACAAAAGAUUUAACUUCUGGAAAAACUAGAUAUUCGUUUUUGUACUCAAAGAAUACUAGUUUUGGAAAGUUAUCAACAGUAACAGAUGCAUCGGGUAAUAAAAUUCAACUAUUACGGGAUUAUAGCAACAUUGUUAGUUCAAUUGAAAAUACACAAGAUCAUAAACUCGAACUAAAAAUAUCUGGAAUUGGAUAUUUAACAAAAAUUACAGAAAAGGGAACGUCAGAAAUUGAAUUGGAUUAUGACGCUAACACAGGUUUACUAAACAGCAGAUCAGGGGCUGGUGACACAGCUAUUUACAAUUAUGAUGAACUUGGGCGUGUGACUAGAAUUAUAAUGCCUUCAGGGGAACAAGUUCACAUAACUUCGGGACUUGCUAAAAACUAUGGACUUGCAGUUACAGUAUCAAAUCCAACAAGUAAUAUUCCAGUAGGUGUGUCAAAGAAAUGCGAGUACGUCCUGCACGGACAAUCUUUUAAACAAAUAACAAUCAACAACGGAAAGCAAAUAACGGAGGGGCGAAUUUUUACUAAUAAUACCUUAGUGAUUGACACUCCGUGGUCAGGUAAAUUCGAAAGCAUAGCAGCAUCCAAGCAUCCAUUACUUGAAGCCGCUUUACCAAUUGAAGCUGAAAUGCUACAUAUGUGGUCACAUCAAACAACAACCUUUGGCGAUGGAUUAAUAAAUAAUAUGUAUUCAUUGUACACACUAGUAGGUGAUGUUAGAAAUCCACAACAAACCCUAAAUCGCGAAAUUUGGGUUAACGAUUCAAGAGUUUUAAUCAUCGAGUUUGAUCAAUUUAAGAGCAAGGAAACAUUCUUUAAUGCAGAUCGAAUGCCUCUAUUUACAAUAGCUUAUGAUGUUGCUGGAUUACCACUUUCUUUCACACCUCAUGGUGCUGGAGUACCUCUUAACAUUUCCUAUGACAGAUUUUAUAGAAUUAAUGGCUGGAAAUGGGGUGUCAGUGAAGAAACGUACAGUUACGAUCCACACGGUAUGCUGUCAGAAAUAACAAGCCCACAAGAUGGUACAAAGUUCAUUUAUUAUAACGAAGGCAACCUUGUUUCCAAAAUAACGUUAGCAAGUCAAAGGCAUUUCAAAUAUUCAUAUGAUAAUAGUGGUGGUCUUACUCAUGUUAUUCUACCAUCCGGAACAAAUCAUUCGUUUAGUGUUCAGCCUUCUAUUGGCUUUUUAAGAGUCACCUACACGCCACCUGGAUCUUUAAAGAAAUAUUUGCAACAUUAUUCUCACACAGGAGAACUUUUACAAACAGUUUUCCCAGGCGAUGGCGCCCGCAUCAUAUAUCGUUAUUUCACAACGAAUAAAGUGUCAGAAGUUGUGCAUGGUGAUGGCCAAACUCAAAUUCAUUAUUCAGAGAACAGUGGACUACCAUCAGAAAUAUUACAUGUAGAUCGGGAUGUCGAUUAUCGCUGGGAAUCUACUUAUGCUGGCGGUUUACUUGUAGAGGAAAGACUUGAUUACGGAGCUAAAACUGGAUUAAGUAACGCUAAAAUAAUAUACGAAUAUGACAAUAAUUAUAGAACAACAUCUGUCCAGGGUCGCAUUGGUGGUCAAACCCUAAUACCACAUCACAUUAUCUAUAACAGUAAAACUGGCGCAGCUGAAGUUUUAGGUCAGUUUACAGUUUCUAAACAAAAAUGGAAUGAAACUUCCGUAUACGACGGUAUUGCCAUGUUUUCUAGAACCUUGAAUGAUCAGUUCCUUGAAAAGGAAAUAUCUGUUAAUAUACACAGAAUGGAAGCAUUUAGAAUGGAAUUCGCAUAUGACAAACAUGGUAGAAUAAUUCAAACGCGAACGCAUACCAGAAACGUAGGAGUCAAUACCUACACCAAUGUUAAAAAUUACACGUGGGAUUGUGAUGGUCAAUUAACUGGAGUAGAAGCGCAGGAACCCUGGGGUUUUAGGUAUGAUGAUAAUGGAAAUAUGUUAUCAUUAACCUAUAGAGGAAAUACAAUUCCAAUGGAGUACAAUGACAUGGACCGUAUCAUCAAGUUUGGAGAAGGUCAAUAUCGUUAUGAUAGUCGAGGGCUUGUUUCUCAAAAUGCGAGGGAAGAACGAUUUCAGUAUAAUGCUAAAGGUUUACUUAUAAGAGCAACGAAACGAGGAAGAUUUGAUGUUCGUUACUAUUAUGAUCACCUUGACAGAUUGUCAACCAGAAAAGAUAAUUUCGGAAAUGUAACCCAAUUCUUCUAUACAAAUAAGGGAAAACCACAUGAAGUCAGCCAUAUUUAUUCACCACGUGAAAAUAGAUUCAUGACACUUGUUUACGAUGAUAGAGGCCAUCUUAUUUAUACUCAGGUUGCUCGUCAUAAAUAUUACAUCGCCACUGAUCAGUGUGGAACUCCAGUGAUGGUAUUCAAUCAAUAUGGAGAAGGCAUUCGAGAAAUAAUGAGAUCUCCUUACGGUCACAUUGUUUAUGAUUCCAAUCCAUACUUAUACUUACCAGUAGAUUUUUGUGGUGGAUUACUAGAUCAAGUAACGUCACUCGUACAUAUGGCGAACGGAAAAGUGUACGAUCCUCUUAUAGGACAAUGGAUGUCCCCGCUUUGGGAAAAUCUUAUAGAAAGAAUACACAAUCCAACGCAAUUACACUUGUACAGGUUUAAUGGAAAUGAUCCCAUAAACGUGCGACCACAGAACAAGAAACCAGCAGAUCACUUAUCUUGGCUAGCCUUACUAGGCUAUGAUACCAAGAGCCUAGCACCACAACUAUAUCCGGAUGAACUACCUGGAGGAUCAAUAUUACCAAGUAUACCUCGCGGCCGCCCAGUAUGGGGCACUGCGCCUGUUGACAGUGGGCCAGGAGUACCAGCGGCUAUGUCUCUAUUGCCGAGCGUCACAAUCGAGUCAGGCUUCUUAUCCCAUAUGUCAAACAAGAGAAUAGCCGAUUUUAGAAGUCUCUCAAUACCAGCUAUGUCCGCAUUAAAAUCUGAUGCUCUCAAUCUUGCCCCUAAAAGAAUCGGUUCCGACUCCGAACCACCUUUCGGACGAGGUAUUCUGAUAUCUCGGAAUUCACGAGGACGAGCGGUUGUUACCACAGUACCUUCAGCUAAUGCUAUCUAUAGAGACGUAUACACCUCUGUUUUCAAUCGAUCUCAUCUGUUACCGUUCUCUUUCGUUAUUCACGGGGACCAGCAAGAUGUAUUCUACUUUGUAAAGGAGGAUACCUGGCGAGCGGCUGACGAUAAACAACAAUUGAAACGUAUGCAAGGAAAACUAAAUGUCACCUUCCACGAAGUAGCGGAAGGUGGCCGGUCCUACGCCGAUGUAAAGAUUCACGGGCAGACGAGCAUAGUAAACCUACGUUAUGGUACGAGUGCCGAAAGAGAAAAACAACGUCUACUGCAUCACGCCCGGGCGUCCGCUAUACGUAAGGCUUGGCACAGAGAACGCGAAGCUCUACGUGCCGGUUUAGGCGGUUCCUUAGAUUGGUCAGCUGCGGAAUUAGAUGAAAUUCAAAAGGCCGGAUCGGCUGCGGGCUACGAGGGAGAGUACGUUCACGACGUGGCGCGUUACCCAGAGCUGGCCGAGGACCCGUAUAACGUUCGAUUUGUGAAGAAGCGCUCCGACCGCGCCGAGCGGCGAAGACGGAAGCGCGAGGACUGCCGCGCGCCGUGGUGGCUCGCCUGGGACGACCUCUGCUAGUGACGUGUCGCCAUCCAUAUGCCAAAUCGUAUGAAUGUAAAUCGAUGUGUGUGAACGAUGAGGGACGUUUGUGUGUGUGCGUGAAAUAUAUUUUGUAAAUAGUCUCUAUUCAUUGUUAAUUGUUGAUGUAUGUAUGUACGGUAGAUGCGAAUCCCUAUCGCUAUGUAAAUAUUAAAUUUUAAUUUGCAGGGAGAGAAUGGACCUUUUGAGAGGACUGAUAUUAAAUAAAUGUAAUGUAUGUAAAAAUAAGACGAUCUAUGUGAAUAUGAAAUUAUUUAUACUUAUUUAUCGGUAAAAAGCUUCAAUUGUGUCCAAUGUUCUUAUAAAAUUUAGAUGAAGACUAUUUGAAAGAAUAAUAAAAAGCAUACUUUUUUAACCAAAUCAAA